CUCCGCCUCCCGCGAGUUGGCCAAGUCCCCGCCAUCUCUGCAAAUCCAAAUUCAGAUCAAUGGAAUCAAAUAGCUCUCAGCUCCUUCAUCGUCGCCACUCGAACUAGCCCGCCGCGUUCGCCGGAGUCUCAGUUCCUUCCUCCUCCUCCUCCAUUUCCAGUCCGUUCUCCGCUUAUCCUCUCGCUCGAUAUUAGGGUUGAUUUGUCCGGCGAGUUGCUCCCCGGGACACCGGAUUCCGACAUCAGAAUGCCGGUGAAUCUGACGCCGAACGCGAUCGCCGCCAUUAACGGCGGGGACGUGAACUCGAAGCCGCUGGUGCAGGUGCUUGACAUCAAACUGAUCGGGACCACGCAGGAGAGGUACCGGCUCCUGCUGUCGGAUUCCGCCCUGACUCAGCACGCGAUGCUCGCGACUCAGCUCAAUGACCAAAUCAAGUCCGGGCGAGUGAAGAAAGGCUCCGUCGUUCAGCUCAUCGAUUACAUCUGCAGCACCGUUCAGAAUCGCAAGAUCAUUGUCGUACUGAACAUGGAAACCAUAAUACCAGAUUGUGAGAUUGUUGGAAACCCAAGAAUGUGCUCUGAAUCUGACACGGCAGCUCAGAAAACAUUGCCUAAUACCAGCAACGGAAAUGGCGAGAGGACCAUUAAUAGCAGUAUUCCUGUUAGAAAUCCUGUUCAGAAUACUCAGAGCUUCCAGUCAGCUGUUGGACCUCAAUACCAGCAACAUUCGGGUCAAAAUGCGCAGACAUUCCGACCUGCUGUUCAACCUCCUUACCAGCCACCACCUAACUAUAGAAAUCACGGAGCAAUUAUGAAGAAUGAGGCACCUGCAAGAAUCAUACCUAUAUCUGCUCUGAACCCUUAUCAGGGCCGGUGGGCUAUCAAGGCAAGAGUGACUGCCAAAGGAGAUAUCCGGCGCUAUAACAAUGCCCGAGGAGAUGGAAAAGUGUUUUCCUUCGAUCUCCUUGAUUCUGAUGGAGGGGAGAUUCGGGCGACAUGUUUUAAUGCUGUUGUUGAUCGCUUCUAUGAUGUUAUUGAAGUGGGGAAGGUCUAUCUAAUAUCAAAAGGUAGCUUAAAACCUGCACAGAAGAACUUCAACCACCUGAAAAAUGAGUGGGAGAUAUUCUUGGAGGCAACUUCAACAGUAGAUCUUUGUCAGGAUGAAGAUGUAUCUAUUCCACAGCAGCAAUUCUCUUUCAGACCUAUUAGUGAUAUUGAAAAUGCUGAGAACAAUUAUAUUCUUGAUGUUAUUGGGAUUGUCGUAUCUGUGAACCCUUCUGUUCCUAUUCUGCGGAAGAAUGGUAUGGAAACUCAGAGACGAAUUCUGAAUCUAAAGGAUGGAUCAGGCAGGACUGUGGAAGUAACCCUAUGGGGAGAAAUUUGCAACAGGGAAGGUCACAAGCUUCAAGAGAUGGUCGACUCUGGGUUCUAUCCAGUUUUAGCUGUGAAAGCUGGGAAGGUUAAUGACUUCAGUGGGAAGUCUCUAGGGACCAUUUCUUCGACGCAGCUCUUCAUAAAUCCUGAUAUUCCAGAAGCUCAAAACCUGAGAAAAUGGUUCGAUUUUGGAGGGAAAAAUGCGGCUUCUCUGUCCAUUUCCAGGGAAAACAUGCCUGGGGCAUCCAAAAAUGAUAUCCGGAAGACUGUGUCCCAGAUUAAAGAUGAAGGUCUCGGUAGAUCAGACAAGCCCGACUGGAUUACGAUAAAGGCGACCAUAACUUUCAUCAAAACGGACAGUUUUUUAUACACAGCUUGCCCUUUGAUGAUCGGAGACAGGCAAUGCAAUAAGAAGGUAACAAAAUCGAAUAGUAGAUGGGCUUGUGAUCGGUGUAAUCAAGAAUUCGAGGAGUGUGAGUACAGGUACCUUCUUCAAGUCCAGAUUCAAGAUCACACUGGGUUGACUUGGGUCACGGCUUUUCAAGAAUCAGGUGAGGAGAUCACGGGAUGCUCAGCGAAGGAGCUGUUCAUGCUGAAAGAGCAAGACGAUGACCGGUUCAGGGAAGUCAUUCGGAACAAGCUCUUCGGUCAGUUCCUCUUCAGGCUUAAGAUUAAAGAGGAAAUGUAUGGAGACGAACAGAGGGUGAAUAUCACUGUAGUUAAGGCUGAGAAGGUGAACUACACUUCGGAGAGCAAGUAUUUACUCGAUAUUGUCUCAAAAGUUUGUAGGUGAUUUUAGAGUUGCUGAAUUCAUCGAAUUGACAGUGUUGGAUGGAUCAUUCUUUCUGAUACCAUGGAGUAUUGUUUAGCAGAUUUAUAAGAUUUAUAUUGGCAUAGGCACCACCGAGAUUAUUAGAUUUAUGCUCGGAAAUGAAUGCAUUAGAGAUUAAUGUCAGAGAUUGUAUGUUGUGCUAGAAUAUAUCAGAUUAAGCUGCUCAAUUUCUUCUUGUUA